ACCCUGUGUAACUUUUACUACGUGUAAUUAAUCGGUCACCUUUGCACACGACUCCAAUCCGGUCAGUUGUUGCUCGGCGUUCAUUCAAGUGAUAAAAUCCUCCUUAAUACUCACAACCAGUCAAUUAAUCACUUCCCGGUGAAAUAUCCAUCAGGAAAAUGUCCAGCACAGCAGGAAAAGUUAUCAAGUGCCGGGCUGCUGUGGCCUGGAAGGAGAAGGCGCCGCUGACCAUCGAGGAGAUCGAGGUGGACCCGCCGAAGGCCCACGAGGUGCGCAUCAAGAUCGUGGCCACGGGCGUGUGUCACACGGACGCCUACACUCUGGGCGGAUCUGACCCGGAAGGCCUCUUCCCGGUGGUCCUGGGCCACGAGGGCGCCGGCAUUGUGGAGAGUGUGGGCGAGGGAGUGACGGGAUUCAAGGAGGGCGACCAUGUCAUCCCGCUGUACAUUCCGCAGUGCAACGAGUGCAGCUUCUGCAAGUCCGGCAAGACGAACUUGUGCCAGAAGAUCCGCGUCACGCAGGGUCGCGGCGUGAUGCCCGAGGGCUCCAGUCGCUUCCGGUGCCGCGGACAGACGCUGUUCCAUUUCAUGGGCACGUCCACGUUCUCCGAGUACACCGUCGUGGCGGACAUUUCGCUGUGUCGUGUGGAUCGCGAAGCUCCGCUGGACAAGGUGUGUCUGCUCGGCUGUGGCAUUCCCACGGGCUAUGGCGCUGCGCUGAACACCGCCCAGGUGGAGCCCGGCUCCACGUGCGCUAUCUGGGGCUUGGGCUGUGUUGGCCUGGCCGUGGCGAUGGGCUGCAAGAAGGCCGGAGCCUCGAGAAUCAUUGGUGUGGACGUGAACCCGGGAAAGUUCGCCGUGGGAUCAAAAUUUGGAUGCACGGAGUUUGUGAAUCCCAAGGAUUACGAUCGUCCCAUCCAGGAGGUUCUGGUGGAAUUGACCGGAGGCGGUCUGGACUACACCUUCGAGUGCAUUGGCAAUGUGGCCACAAUGCGUGCUGCCCUGGAGUCCUGUUGCAAAGGCUGGGGAACAUCCGUGAUCAUCGGCGUGGCAGCUGCGGGCACAGAGAUCAGCACGAAGCCUUUCUACCUCGUCACUGGACGCUCCUGGAAGGGCAGCGCGUUCGGCGGCUGGAAGAGUAUCGAUAGUGUGCCGAUGCUGGUCAGCGAGUAUCUGAACAAGAACCUCUUGAUUGAUGAAUUCAUCACGCACACAAUGAACCUGGACAAGAUCAACGAAGCCUUCGAUCUGAUGCACGAGGGCAAGAGCAUCCGAAGCAUUGUGAACUUUUGAAGGAUUAUAUUGUGAGCAUUUUUUGUACUCUGGAAAAUACUUGGGAAAAUAUAUCGGCCGUUGCCAUUCAAA